UCUACAUGUAUAGAGAUGUCCGUGCAGGUGGUGGUCAAGAAUAGCUGCCAGUCUAUUGGGGAGGGACCACACUGGGAUGACAAGACGAACACGCUUAUAUACGUAGAUAUCCUCACUAAUGAUAUCCAUCGAUGGAAGUCAGAGACUGGAAAUGAUGAAAAAAUACAUCUAGAGGACAGCGUUGGAUUUGUGGUACCUUGCAGGAAAGGUGGCUACAUUGUGGGUCUCGGUCGCACUCUGUCACACGUUGACUGGGAUUCAAGAAAAGUGACAAAACUUCAUGAAGUUGAUCAAGGAACGAAGAACAGAUUUAAUGAUGGAAAGUGUGAUUCCAGAGGACGAAUUUGGGCAGGAACAAUGGGAUAUGAAUCAGAACCAGCCAAUCCUGAGAGAGAAAGGGGAUCUUUAUUUCGAUUGGACGCUGAUGGAUCCCUACACGCAUGCCUAAAUAAAAUCAACAUAUCCAAUGGUCUAGCAUGGACUGCUGACAACAAAACCAUGUAUUACAUUGACUCACUGCCGAGAAAAGUGUACGGAUUUGAUUACGAUAUUGAGACAGGGAACAUAAGCAAUCAGAGAGUGGUCGUUGAUUUUGGGGAGGGAACUAUUCCCACUCUGGGAUUCCCAGAUGGUAUGUGUAUUGAUACAGAGGACAAAAUAUGGGUGGCUUGUUAUGGUGCUGCCAAAAUUGUUCGAUUUGAUCCAAUCACAGGAAAACAACUGAGAACUGUUGAAAUUCCCGCGAAGAGAACCACUUCAUGUUGUUUUGGCGGGAAAAAUUUAGACGAGCUUUACGUGACCUGUGGCGUACAGGGGUCAACCGCAGAAGAGAGGGAGAAAUACCCGCUGACAGGAUCCGUCUUCAGGGUGACAGACCUGGGAGUCAGAGGUCGCCCUGCUCACAUGUACGAAGGAUAGAUUGCUGACAUAUAAAGAAAAUUUUGAUUGAUGAACAUACAAUGUAACAUAAAAAGGAUAUUGAAAGUUUU